AUGAAUGGUUUAUCUACGCUUAACAGACUGUUAGGAAAAAGAAACAAAGAUGUUUCCAAAUCAACCUCUAACCUUAGUCGGUCCACUACCAACCUGGACGCUUCUAGUCACUUCAACAACAAAGUCAUUCAGCUGCCGGUGGUGGCGAAUGCACCGUUCGAACAGACGUUCCGUGUGACGGUGUUACUGCCACGGGAUCAGCUAUAUGUAGCGCGCGUCGGGGCCAAAACCAAACUCUCCACCCUGCUCGAGAUGGUGUGCAGCGACAAGUUGCUCGACGCACAAAAGUAUGUCUUUCGCCAUCCGACCGACUUUCAGCAGGGCUUUGAGCUGGACAUGAACAUCGGCGAGGUGGGGCUGAGCGAGGUUCGACUGAUGUCGCGAAAGGAGCUGGAAGCGUUGCGUAACAGUGACUAUCGGUUGAGCACAAGCGACAUCUUCCGAAUGCACCAGAAGACUGCCCGUGAAACCUCUGGUGGUACAUCCGUGUCGUCUUCCGAUUUGAGUCGCACAUCGAAGCUGCCACUGAAGACGACCUCACCGUACAGCUCAACAAAUUCGCUCAAUUCCAUGGACUCGUCCGGUGUUAGCUCGAGUUCCCGCGGUGGGGGUCACGGUGGUGCAACCAAUGGCACUACCAGCAACGGGCACAGCCAAAUGGGACCACCAGUAGCACCGACGCGUAAGAAGCGACUAGCACCACGUCCACCAAGCCAGAAUUCUAUUCCCGAGGUGCGAGUCCCGCAGCAAACGUCACAUUCCAACGGAACAGGCGGAAAUCAUGGUCCUCCGGAGGAUCAGAUUUUUAAAGAACCCCAGUUACCUCCGUACUCCAGACAAAAUUUCCACGUUUCCACACCAAAUCUAUACGAUCGCGAAUUGAAGUCGGCUGAUAUUAUCAACAAUAAUAACAAUACCGGUGUGAGUAUGAAACACACCACCAGCGAUCGUAACGGAUACUCUGCGGACGUGCAUAACAACAACAAUGUUCAUGAGCCGCAAACCAAGCUGCUGGACGAGGAAGAUCGGAAAAACCUCAUCAACACCAAGACGUCGUACAGUACGCUCAAAAAUCGUCCAACGUCGAUGUACAUUAUACGCGAACCGGACACGAACACGCUGCAGCGAGCGAGUGAAAAUGGUGGCAGUAUGGUCGACAUUCAUCAGCACCAUUCGCGGGCCUCGUCCAGUUGCUCGGACGCGAAAGAUCCGCGGGACUUUCAGGAUAUGCCAGAACCAACACCACGAAAGCGCUUGAAUUCUAGUGCCAAAAAAUCCAAAGCCCCAGCACCACCGCCGAGAGCAAAGGCCACCAUCACACCGGUUCCAACACCUUCACCGAGAAUACUUACUCGUUCAACACUCGAUUUACUUCGGGACAAUGAUGCGGCCAUAUCCGAGACGGAUUCCAACUUCAGCAGCGAACCGGAUGAUACGCAACGUAAUAGAGAAUCGCGAUUGAAUGCUGUCAACGGUAGUGUCCACCGUGCUCCAUACACACAGCAGCAGCAGCACCUACAACAGAACGUAUCGAAGGUGAUGCUUAACGUAGAGCAGGCUCCGUUAAAUGAUCCGGUCGUAACAUCGACCACACCGAACAGUGGCGAAAAGAAACACCAGAAGAAUGGAUCAACGUCGUCUGUGUCAAUUAAAAUCGUCAGUAAUGGUUUGAACGAUGCACCGUCGAAACCAUCGUCCACCACAGCACCCAUCGUAUCAAAAGUACAGAUUGGUGGAAAUCAAACGGCUUCAAUGGAAAUUCCUGCUUCACCCGGAGACAACAGCUCGGACGAAGAAAUAAAAAUCUACAACAUCGAGUCCGGGAAGGCAUCGGUGAAGAAAAUACCGAUGAACGGAACGGAAACGGAACAGCAAAAUAAGAGAGGAACAUCUGAAACCCUCUCCAAUGGAUCUAAAAUGAAUUCAUCCUAUGGUGAAGGCAACGAAUCUACCAAACCGAAUGGUGCAACCCCAGCCCCAGAACAGCAGAGCAACGGUACGGUGGAUGAGGAACAGUGGACGUACAAACUGCCAGCACCACCAACUUUUGCCGAUUCUUCCAUCAAGACAAGCGAUUACGAUGAACGUGGACAGUUUUAUCGACCAGCGUCGACAUUCGUCGAUAAUACGACACUGCGCAGCGAUAUGCUUACAGUGCUGUCCGAUGAACCAACGGAACGCAUCGAACCGUUCAUUCAGGAGCGUAUACAAACCAUGCUGGACCUCACUGCAGGUCAGGAAACGAUGCAACCACCGUUCUUCGCUUCAACGAUGGAACAUCGUCCGGAAAGUCCGGUAAGUAUUUCCACCGAAACGGAUGUGACCACACACGUUUCGGAGGAUGUUCCACAUAUCAGCUCGGACGUGGAGGAUGGCUACCGUGUUGGGGAGGAUGGCCGUAAGGGAGGCGACAAAAAUGGCGAACCAGACAGUACGCAAGAGGCACGCGAAGUUUGGCUGCAAACGCUGGAGAAACGUCGGGAGAAAAUAAUCGAAGGUGAGCUGGCCACGUUGAGUGAAGUGAUCAGCGGUGGUAAGCCUAGUCCAGAUGGUUCCACGGUGAUUCGCACGCAGUCGUUAAACGAAAGGAAGACUAGCGUCAUGAGUGAACUCAACCAGCUGUUGCGUGAAGGUGUCGAGCUUGCCCGAAAGGAAGAGACAGAAAUUGCCGUUGUGAAUAGGAGCAGUUUGGCUAACUUCAAGAUAACCACCUAUAGCAGCUCGGAAAAUAAGGAAAAUAUCAUCACCAGCACCACAAACACCACGCUCGUCGAGAAGCAAAUGCAACCUCAACGGACUGUGAGUGAGGAAAGUGCAAAACCGAUUGUAACGAAUGGUGUUGCCGAAUCGCAUAUAAUUGCUGACAGUAAGGAAGUCGAAGCGGAUGUGAUUGUACGUCGAAAGAUAUCGGUUGAUUCGAUAACGGUUCGCAAACCUCAUUCGCUUACCCAAAGCAGCGACGAGGAUGAUCAUAUCGGUCGACAGAGCAACGGCUAUUCAGCUUCGAGUGCAAGCGCCAAAAAGGAAUUAGCCCCGGUCAAGCGCCGUAGCUUGACGAUGCUAAACAAAAGUCCGCGUGUGAUCAAUCGGUCCGAUUCGUUCCACUCGACCCGAUCGGAUUACAUUCAGUCGCUGAAUUCCCCUGCCCAAACCGGUGCAUCCGGACCGUUACAUCUAACACCGCGUAGCACUUCGUACAUUUCGCUGAUCGGUGCACAGCGUUGGGAAAAUCGGGUCGCUACAGGCGCUUCGCUGACUGCAGCGAACUCUUUCAAUCGCCGUAAAUCGACCAGUGAGCUGAGCAUCUGCGAUUCCCCGUCACUACAGAGCCUGGAGGUAAUUAAAAACAUCCUAAACACAUCGCGCAAGAACAGCAUUAACAAUCUGCACCAGACUAAUGGCAGUGCGGUGGAAGAAGCACCGGUGGAAAAUGAAAUUGUCCUCCCUUCGAUGGCUGCUAUCAAGCGUAAUAGCUUUACCGACAUCUCAACGCUGGUACAGCUGAAUGGUACCGGUAAGGCGCAUAUGAACGGUGGCAGUUUGAUGAGCAAUGCGGUACGCAAGGACAGUAUCGAAGAGGCAAAGGUAGAGCAAGAACCUGAGCCAGAGCCGGAACGAAAAUCAACGCAGGAUCCAAAGCCUGAUCCAAACCCGGUACCGAUUAAUAAUGCGGAUGUCAACAAAACGGAGGACGUGAAGAAAGUGGAACAAAAAGUUGAAAAAGUGGUGGAAACUAUAAUCGAUGAACCGAAGCAGCCAGAACAUGUGGAGAAAUUAAUCGUGCAGCAGACAGUAGUUGAAGAGAAAAUUAAAACUGAGGAAACGGAAUGGAACGAUAAACCGGAGUUAACACUAGAUUUGGCUAGUGAAUCGAAAAGCGACGACGAGAAGUUGCAGAACAAGCAACAACAGCGUCAGAUCCAACAUAGCACAGUUACAAAAGAACCACAAACGACGGUCGUAAGCAUUACCACCACCAGCACGGUUGUGAGCAGUAGCGACAGUAGUUCCAGCGUGACUGCUGUGUCCGCUAACGAAUCCGAUACGAAGAAGUGGACCUAUCAGGGACCUCCGACGAUAAGCUUUGCGACAUGGAACGAGCGACCGAAGAUCGACGUAUCGAUCAAAUCGGAUCGAGAUUAUCGGUUCGGUGGCAGUUCCACGCUGCCGCGCGGUUUCCGCAACGUGAACAACGUCAGCAGCACGAAGAUUAGCAUCGGUCCGGGAGGUAGCAGCACCACGACGACGGUAGAAUCCACUUCCGCCGGAUACGUACGGCAAACGAUCCACGAGGUCGAACAACCGCAGCAGCAACAGAUAGAUGUUGUUUCGAAUGUGCCAUCAGCAACAGUGUCUUCAGCGCGACAGCAACAGCAGCCGCAGGAACCAACGCCCGCUGUGGUGAAACUUCCCGCAACUGCACUGAAACCCACUGCAACACCACCCGGCGAACGGUUGCCGAUCGUGCGUGCCGUCGAGUACAAAAAGAACGUUGCUCCGCGCCAAGCGCCACCACCAAUUGAGCCAAAGCCUUCCUUCUUCUACGAAACAUUUUCGCGCAACGAUUCCACCAACAGUUCGGCAAACUCUAGCAUCGGUACGAAUGUCAGCAGUGUAAGUAUUAAUGGAACCGUCCCAUCCGCUAGCAUCAGCACCAACAUUAGUCGGUUAAGCUUUGGACCCAAACCGGCAACCGUGUUACAACCGACGGUGCGUGGCUUCAAGUCGCUUGACAUCGAGCCUACGGGAUCAUCCGGCACCAACGGGAUGCCCCGGUUGCGACCCGUUUCUAUGGUCGAUACGAGCACGCUAAGGAAAACCACCACGGCCGUUCCAUUCACAUCCACCGUGAUGGAAGAUACGGCGCCGAAUUCGCUGCCCUUCUCCCAGAACACACUUCGCCGAACGGGGUUGAAAGAUAAAAUCUUAGCGAAAGAUCCAACGCCCGUUACGGAAACGGUUACCGCAAGUACCAAAGUGAGCGUUACAACUGCUGCACCGGCACCUGUGCGGCCAACUUCUCUGUCGGCGGCGGUACCCAUUCCACCACCACCCGCUCCAAUGCCGCCCGUCAAAGCCUCUCAACCGGUUGUGCGAGGUGCGAUCGUGAAGAAAUCUCCCGCGACCUCACCGGCUAUUGAUCCGCGAAAUGCUCUUUUGGAUGCCAUUCGAAACUUCAACAAGGAUUCACUGCGGAAGGAUUAA